GGUGAUGCCAAUAGGUCGGACACAGAUGAGGACAAGACGUCGGCCAACUUUGAUGAUGAUUUUGAGAAGUUGAAAGACCUCCGAGCAACAGAGAUGAAGAUGUACUCGCUCGCCGUCACCCCGAACGGGCACUUGGAGGGCAGGGGCAGCAUGCCACCUCCCAUCAUCAUGCGCACCGCGGCCACCCCGAUGCCCACGCCGAAGUGCUCCCCGCACAUGGACUCGGUGCACACUUUUGUGGACUCGAGGCGAGGGAGCAAUGCUUCGCUAGACCCUGUGAGCUACGAUCAGAAGUCCUUGUCCAGCCUCCGCAGCUCCCCUUGCGCCAACUGGGGGACCAGCAGCAACUGGGGGAGCCGCCGCUCAAGCUGGAACAGCCUGGGCAGAGCCCCAAGCCUCAAAAAGAAGAACCAGACGGGCGAAAGAGAGUCCUUGCUCUCAGGGGAGGGGAAAGGCAGCACGGACGACGAUUCCGACGAUGCCAAGUCCAGCACGGUGAGCAGGGCCUCGCUGCAGCGCCGGGCCGAGUCCCUGGACUACCGCAGCGCCCUGGACCUGCCCGAGCUGCUGCAGCUGCCCCCCGCGCGCCCCUCGCUCAGCGUCAGCCCCGUGGCCGUCCUGCCCGCCGAGUACCAGGACUGCAACGGCAAGAUGGUGCACGUGCCCAGCGAGUUCUUCCUGCGCGUCGACAGCCACAAGGAGGACGCGCUGGACUACGAGGACGACAUGGAGGAUAGUUACUGCUACCGGAUUCGUAAAGUCUUAGAGCCCUACAAACCAGAGUGGUGCAAGAAUCAUGAAGAUUGGUCCCUCUACUUGUUUUCCCCACAGAAUCGGUUCCGAGUGAUGUGCCAGAAAGUCAUUGCCCACAAAAUGUUUGAUCAUGUGGUGCUGGUCUUCAUAUUUCUCAACUGCAUCACGAUAGCGCUGGAACGACCGGAUAUAGACCCACAGAGCACGGAAAGGAUAUUCCUAAGUGUUUCCAAUUACAUUUUCACUGCAAUCUUUGUGGCUGAAAUGAUGGUUAAGGUGGUAGCUCUUGGCUUCUUCUCUGGGGAGAACACCUAUCUCCAGAGCAGCUGGAAUGUCCUAGAUGGAGUCCUGGUCUUUGUAUCUAUCAUUGACAUUAUUGUCUCCAUGGCAUCGGCAGGCGGAGCUAAGAUCCUGGGUGUCCUUCGGGUAUUGAGACUUCUGCGGACCUUGAGACCUCUCCGAGUCAUCAGCAGAGCCCCAGGUCUGAAGCUGGUGGUAGAAACCUUGAUCUCCUCCUUGAGGCCUAUUGGGAAUAUCGUUCUCAUCUGCUGUGCUUUCUUCAUUAUCUUUGGGAUUUUAGGGGUGCAGCUUUUUAAAGGCAAAUUCUACUACUGUGAUGGUCCUGACGUGAAAAACAUCACUACGAAGACUGACUGCACUAAUGCACGCUACAAAUGGGUUCGGAGGAAGUACAAUUUUGACAAUUUGGGACAGGCUCUCAUGUCUUUGUUUGUCCUCUCCUCCAAAGAUGGCUGGGUAAACAUCAUGUACGAUGGUCUGGAUGCUGUGGGCAUUGACCAACAGCCCAUCCAGAACCAUAACCCUUGGAUGCUUCUCUACUUCAUCUCCUUCCUGCUCAUCGUCAGCUUCUUCGUGCUCAACAUGUUCGUGGGGGUGGUCGUGGAGAACUUCCACAAGUGCCGGCAGCACCAGGAGGCGGAGGAGGCCCGGCGGCGCGAGGAGAAGCGGCUGAGACGCUUGGAGAAAAAGCGCAGGAAAGCCCAGCGCAGGCCUUACUACGCGGACUAUUCCCCAGCGCGGAAGUACAUCCACAGCCUCUGCACCAGCCACUACCUGGACCUCUUCAUCACCUUCAUCAUCGGCGUCAACGUCAUCACGAUGUCCAUGGAGCACUACAACCAGCCCAAGUCCCUGGAUGAAGCUCUCAAGUACUGCAACUAUGUGUUCACCAUCGUGUUUGUGUUUGAGGCCGUUCUGAAGCUGGUGGCGUUUGGUUUCCGGAGGUUCUUUAAGGACAGGUGGAAUCAGCUGGAUUUGGCCAUCGUUCUUUUAUCGAUCGUGGGCAUCACGCUGGAGGAGAUUGAGAUGAACGCUGCCCUGCCCAUCAAUCCCACAAUAAUCCGCAUCAUGCGGGUGCUGAGGAUAGCCAGAGUGCUGAAACUACUUAAAAUGGCCACUGGGAUGCGAGCUCUCCUGGACACAGUGGUGCAGGCCCUUCCCCAGGUAAGCCCCCAGACUUGA